AUGGAUGAUGAUGUGCGUCGCAGCAUCUUUGGUUCAUCUGAUGAAUCAGAUGAACCAUCGCCGAAGCGAAGGCGCUCGAGGUCGCGAAACUCGGGCGCUCACAGUGGUGUCGGUUCUCCUAUGGACACCACUUUGCAACGAGGUGCCAUUCCUUUUGUCGGCACGUCGCAGGAAGAGCGGGACCGCAAUGUCUUGCGUCUCGCUCCUGAGAAGAAGGCAUGGAUGCCUCCAAAAUCCGUCAUGGAUCAAUUGUCGGCGACGACGAGUGAUCGUUAA